AUGCCAAGUAGAACAACAAACGGGAUAGACAACACAACACACAAAAGAAAAAAGGAAAAAACCAAUAUUGAUAACAAUAACAGCGUAGGCACAACAAUCAGUAAUAUAAUCAUUAUUUUCAGCACAAACAGAAUACCCGCAACCCCGAUUUCGAACAGUCAACAACAAACACCGUCAUACCCAAACCAGCAGGUGACAGAACUGCAGAUCCUGCAGACUACCGGGGCGGAGCCCGGAAAAACAGCGGAUAGGACACGACGCAUGCCACUGGAUCAAUUGCAACGGGACCCGGCACUAUGA